UGGCAGCAGGGAACCGCUGGGCUGACACGUAACUAAAGUUAAAGGUGCUAUGGAGGCCUCGUCGGGGACCUGAGCGUUUACUUUUUUCCUUGAUCUUGUUUUAAUUGCGCCUGAAAAGCAUAACGAAAAAAACAAAGUCUGCAAGGGGAGAAGAAGACGCAGGCCUCGGUGUGUCCUGCAUUUCAACAGCGCAGAGCCGCAGUUUGACGUGAAGUCAGGCGAAAAUCUGAGCGGCUACUUUGAAGUUACGAGAGAGAGUCGUGACUGGUCUCUGUGCUAGGGUCAUGUACACAGGAGUAACUGUGAGCGCUUAACCCGUGUUUUUUUGUUUGUUUCUGCGUGGAUAUGCUCGGGGAGUGAGAGGAGAGGAGGAGGAGGGGGCUUCUUCAGUCUUAACCGGGAGGUAAAAAAAAAAAAAAAAAAGUUGAGUCGGAAGUUUCCAGCGACAGAGACGGGGCUUUUUCACGCAGACAGCGGGGAGGGGUGCGGGUCCAACAUGGGAAACGGGGUGUGCUCCCGGAGGCAGCGGAGGAUCUUCCAGUUUCUCCUGCUGCUCACGGUGGUCUGCGGGAUGAUGUACGGGGGAAUGGUGUCGUACGAGAUGCACAAGCAGCUCAAGAGGACGGAGGCGAUGGCACUCAAGUACCAGCAACAUCAAGAGUCACUCUCGGCACAGCUCCAAGUGGUGUAUGAGCAUCGCUCCAGGUUGGAGAAGUCUCUGCAGAAGGAGAGGCUGGAGCACAAAAAGGCCAAAGAAGAUUAUUUGGUUUAUAAACUCGAAGCACAACAAUCACUGAACAAGGAGAAGCAAGACUCCGGCAGCAGAUACAACUCUUUACAAGUACAACAUCAGAUGUUAAAGAACCAGCACGAGGACCUGAAGAAGCAGUAUUACGAGCUGCAGGAGCAGCACCAAGUGCAGGGCGAGGACCACAGCCGACUGUUGGACGAACACAAAGAACGAUACGAAAAGCUACAGCAAACCAAAGAGGUGGAAGUCACCCAACUCAAAGAGAAUGUAUAUAACCUGAGAGAGGAAAAUAAACAGCUGAGGAAAGCCCACCAUGACAUUCAUAUGCAGCUACAGGAUGCACAGAUUCAGCAUCAGGACCUGAAGGCAGCCCACGACCAGCUGGCACUGACACUAGAAGACCACAAGAGUGCGCUGGCUGCAGCUGAGGUGCAGGUGAAUGAAUACAAGCAGCUGAAAGAGUCCUUGAACAAGGCGCCCAACCUGAGACAGCCUGAGCAAAACCCUGCUCCCCAGCAGCCGCAAGCAGCUGCCGCCAUAGCAACUGGAUCCCAUGUCCAUGAAGCCCAGCAGGCUACGGUACUGGAACAACCACAUAAAGAUGAGCCGGCCCACGAAGAGUCCAGGUUGGACCACCAAGUAGAGGAGGUCCAUGCCCAGUCCGAGAUUAAGUCCCACCACAGCGUAACCUUGUCAGAGAAAGAGGAGGAGGAUAGAGAGGGAGAGGCUGAGAGGAGGAGGGAGUUGGCGGAGGAGGAGAUGGCUCAGGCAGGACAGCCUCAGAAGCUGGAGGAGGACCCAGAUCAACCACAGGAUGAGCAGCAGCAGGAGGAGGAGGGAGAGGAGCCGGAACAGGAACAGCCGGAUGAGAACGCGCUAGACCGACAGAGACGUCAGCCACAUCCGGAUCCCCAUGCGGAGCUGCAUCAGGACACCCACCUGCAGCAUGAGGCACGCGGCCAGGUGGAGCGUGUGAAGUCAGCCUACGAACAGCAGCAGGAGCAGCAGCGCCUGGAGGCUCAGAGGGCUGAGGAGCGCAGGCAGAUCAGGAUGCGACAGGAGGCGCUGCAGGCCCAGCGGGACAGGGAACUGAAGGAGAGGGAGCAGAGGCUGAAGGAGGAGCAGGAGAAAGAGGAGCAGCAGCACAGGGAGGCCGACAGACGGGAGCAGCUGCUGAAAGAGGAGCACCAAAGGAAGAAGACAGAGUACGAAAACAUGGACAACGACAUUGUUCAAGGAGAAGAGGAUGAUCACACUGAGAAUGAAGAGAGAGAUACUCAUAAACUACAUGAGGAGGAGAAACAAGAAGCAGAUCACAGAGUGCCACCACAUCAGCAGGGAGCUGUAGAUGGUGAGCUGGACCCCGAGGACGACCCCAACAACCAGGGGGAGGAUGAGUUUGAGGAGGCCGAGGACGAGCGGCCGCAGCACAGGGUCGCCGAAGAGGAAGAGGAGGUGGUAGAAGAGGAAGAGGAGCCUGCAGUGCCAGCCCAGCACGUCGACACACACCCCGGCCCCGAACAACCUGCUGUGGAGGAGGAACUGGUGAUGGCCGGAAACCCAGAUCAACAGGAAGACACGCUGGAUGACCAGUACCAGGAGGAAGCAGAAGAUGAGGCCCAGGAGGACAUAGCUGGUGGGCAGAAAAGAGAAGAGGAGGUAGAGGAGGAAGGAGAGGAUCCAUAUAAUGAGGAGAACAUAGAACAGGAUGAAGUAAAAAACCAGGAGGGACCAAGAAAUGAGGGGGAUCACAGAAGAGACGCAGAGAACAACGAGGAGGAGAAUUACGAGGAUGAAGAAGAGGAGGUAGAGGAGGACGCGGGUGGUCGAGACAAGGGAACACAUCGGAGGGCAGAGAUGUAGGACAGACGCAGACUUUAACCAGCUGCAGUGCCUUUUGGGCUGCCCGUAGUGCCUGUCAGGUCUUUCUUUCCCUUGUUUCUCAAAGGAAUAAAAGCAGCCAUUCAUUUGGAUUUCCAGGUAGGAAAACUUGGAUGUUAAGCCUGGAGGAUGGGAUGCUAUUCCAAACACUGUGGGGUUGGAACUGAUCAGCUUACACUGUGGAAAUGGACAGAAUUUAUGGGACAGAAAUGGGAUAUAUACUGUAUUUUUUUCCAUUUGCUUUUCUGUCUACUUGCACGUCUGCCUGAAUGCCUGUCUGGUUCUGUUGUUUCUCUAACAGCAGACAGGCAAAGAAUGUAUUUUCAUCAUGUGCUGUCUGAACCAAAAUAAAUUAUGUUAUUCUAAUGUCCUUAUGUUCAGGCCUUCUUAUGUAUGUUCAAUACAAGCAGCUGUAUUCUCUGUAGAGCUCAAAUUUUAUUUCACACCUUGCAUUCCAAUAGAUCAAAUCAUUUUCUGUUAUUUAUUGUUCACUGUAACAACUCUGACAAUCGUUUAAAAAAGAAAAGGUUCAACAUUUCUUUUUUUCCCCCAUGACUGAUUUAGUUUGUGUCAUAAUGGCUUUGGUUUUUUUUUUACCAACUUCUGAAGGCUGGUACACAGGAGCAUUUUCACUGGAUAUUUCUGCGAAUCAAAGUCAAAUCAAUCAAAGAGACAUUUCUGGUGAAGCUGCUCUGUGCUGAAAGUGUCACUCUGACAUGUGCCUUUCCAAACCUCUCUUGGGUCUUACUCAUUUUACACUUGGAGGAGCAUUUCAAUAGGACAGAGCAUGCCAGUUAGUGCUGAACCUCCAGCAUAUUGCUUCAGCAAUGCCUUAAAAACGGGGCGAUAUUUCCAUGUCGACUGCUGGUGUGAAUUAAAUUCACAAAACCUAAUGCAAUUUAAUGCAUCAUCUUUAGUCUACUGUACAAUGUAUAGUAAAACAAAUGCCGAUAAUUUGUACAUUUUUCUGGUCGUUACAUUUGAUACAUAAAAGUGGUUUUGAUUGUGUUAAACCAUGUUUGUCACCUGAGUGGUUGAGAGGAAUAAAGAGGCUGAAGGAUCUCAGGUAA